ACGGAAUUCCCCGAGCUGUUCAAGGAAGGUUUAGGAAGAUGCACGAAGGUUGAGGUCACCCUUCCGAUCAAAGAUGGUGUUGUGGCCACGCAUCUCCCGGCGGGACCCAUCGCGAUUCCGCUCCAGGAAGCGGUAGAGAAAGAGUUGAAGCGUCUGGUCGACAAUGGCACGCUGUCUCCGGUGGAAGUCUCGGAGUGGGCAACGCCAAUCGUGGUGGUACGCAAGCCGAACAAUCAAAUUCGAAUGUGUGCCGAUUUUUCGACGGGGCUCAAUGCAGCUCUGAAAGAGGUCGAUUACCCGAUUCCGACCAUGGAGGUCAUCAUGACAAAGUUCACCGGAAACAGGCGGUUGACACAGCUGGAUCUUUCGGACGCAUAUCUGCAAUUAUCAUUGGAUCCAGAGAGUCGACCGCUAACGACGAUCAACACGCAUAGAGGGUUGUUCCAGUAUAACCGUAUGGUGUUUGGUUUGAAGACGGCGCCGGCCAUUUUCCAGCGCACAAUGGAGCAAGCUCUGGCUGGGAUCGAUGGAGUUUUGGUAUACCUCGACGAUAUCCUGGUGAUGGCUCCGAAUCAAGAAUCACAUGAUAGACGACUCCGGGGAGUUCUCGCCCGUUUACAGAGCUGGGGGUUUCGUCUGCGUUUCGCAAAGUGCUCCUUUGAUGUCGGCUGCGUAAAGUAUCUCGGCUUGAUUGUUGACGGGAAAGGAAUUCGUGCAGAUCCCUCUCGAGUUGAGGCGAUCAGGCAGCUGCGCGAACCUUCGAAUGCUGCAGAGGUUCGUUCUUUUUUGGGUCUCGUGAACUAUUAUGGAAAAUUCAUCGAUCAGCUGCACCGGCACAAACCUGCUCUGGAGUCUCUUCUCCGCAAAGAUGUACCUUUCGUUUGGUCAAAAGAGGCGGCGAAGGCGUUCGAAGCCAUCCGCGAGCUCUUAUCAGGACCGUUGCUUCUUGCUCACUACGAUCCGCAACAGACCUUGGUAGUCGCCGCGGAUGCGUGCGAGACAGGCAUCGGGGGAGUUCUGCUCUUGAGGUACCCCGACGGCUCGGAAAAGGCGGUAUUUCACUUGUCAAAGGCUUUGACUCCGGCGCAGCGAAACUAUUCUCAGAUCGAGAAGGAGGCUUUGGCCCUCAUCACAACG